AUGGAAAAAGAAAUAAGGAUUGUGUUAAUUGGAAAAACUGGAAGCGGGAAAAGUGCUUCAGGGAACACAAUUCUUGGAGAGAAAUUGUUUGAAUCUAGCAUUUCCGGGUCAUCAGUUACAAGUGUAUGUUCACAAAAGCAUGCUGUCAGAUUUGAUAAAAAAAUUCUAGUCGUCGAUACUCCUGGAAUAUUUGAUACUAGACAUUCAGUGGACAAAAUUCAAAACGAAAUAGUUAAAUGCAUCACCAUUACAUCACCAGGCCCUCAUGCAUUCAUUCUGGUUUUAUCUUUAACCAGAUACACAGAAGAAGAACACAAAUCCGUCAUGCACUUCGUCAAACAUUUUGGUGAAGACAUAUACACAUAUUUUAUUAUUUUAUUUACUCGCAAAGAUGAUUUAGAUGACGAAGGAAUAAGUUUAUUAGAGCAUAUAAGAACAGUUCCACCAGAGCUUACCCAAUUUAUUCAGAAAUGCGGCGGGAGAGUAAUGGCAUUUAACAAUAAACUGAAGGGCGAAGAAAAGGAUGCACAGGUUGUGGAGCUAUUGUCAAUGAUUUUAGACAACGUGAAACGAAACGAGGGUAAAUGUUACACAGACAAGAUGUACUCAGAAGCUGAAAAACUUAUCAGGAAGAGGGAAGAAGAAGACCUUCGAAAGGCUAAAGAGAAACGAGAAAAAGAAGUACAGGCCAUAGAAAGUAGGCUGGCGGAUAAAUACAACAAACAAAUACAAGCGGAACAACGAAAAAAUCAGGAAACACUAUCCGCACUAAACGAACUAAGGCAAGAGCAAAAUAAUAAAAAGAGUGAAUCGAUUUUUUUACAGCAACAGAUAGAAGAUUUAAAAAAGCAACUGAAUGAAAGCAAAGGAAAAGAAGAAAGUAAGGAAAUGACACAAAUUUUGAAAAUGUUGCAGAAUGAAUUAGCCGAUAAAAAAGAAAAUGUAGAAAGGAGUGCAAAGAGAAUUAGCGAGUUAGAGAAGUCCAAAGAGACGGAAGAAAAAAAAUUAACAGAUCUGCAAAAAGAACAUGAAUCGGAUAAAAGAAAAUUGAAAGAAGACACAGAAAAAGAACUACUCAAAGUAAAGGAAAGCGCGCGGGACAAAAUAAGAGAAGAAGUUGAGAAAGAGAAAGGCUUUUUCAGUUUAGCUAAAGAUUUGAUUGUUUGUGGGUUAAAAAAACUGAAUCCUUUCAACUGGUUUAAAUGA